AUGCGUUCUUCUCUCCUCCUGCUCGCCGCUCUGGCAGGCUCCUCUCUGGCCUACCCUGCCCGCGACAUCACCCACGACCGCCGCACCUUCGGACUUCUCGCUGAUAUCCUCGGUGAUGUCACCGUCGACGUUGGUGACAUUCUCCACCUCAUCCUGGGUGGUGGUGCCUCUACCUCCGUUUCCAUCCUCUCUGGUCUGAGUGCUCACGGUGCUGCUGCUCUUCAGGGUGGUGCUAUCGGAUGUGGUGCUGGCACCAUUCACGCCGAUGCUCGUGCUGAGCUCAAGAAGUGGCUGCACACCCAGGCCCACAUCAAGGGCUCCCUCAAGACUCACCUUCUGACUUGGUGUGAUGCUUCUGCCGAUGUCACCUUGGCUGCCGAUGUACUGGCUUCUCUGUCCGCAUUCAUCCCCGCUUGCGCUGAGAUUGCUGCUAAGGACUCCAUCUAUGUGACCAUUGAUGGUGUCUUUUCCGCUGUGGACCUGGCGUCCACUCUUGUCCUUGAGCUCUCUGCUCAGGCUUCUCUUUCUGCUUUCCUCGAGGCCCACUUGAGCCUCGGUGCUGAUAUCCGUGCUGGUCUCGGUGUCUGUGCUAACGGUGGUGUCGCUGGCAGCUUGACUGCCGAUAUCAAGGCUUCUCUGCUUGCCUGGCUUAACCUUGAUGGCUGCCCUCUCAGCGCUGACCUGAAGGUCUCCCUUCUUGCCUGGAUCCACGGCAAGCACGGUGCUGGUCUCGUCGCCAUUGGUUCUCUCUCUGAGAGUGCUCUGUCUGCUAUCUCUGUUGGUGCUUCCGUUGGUCUCUCCGUUGAGGAGCACGGUGCUCUUUCUGUCCACGCCCAGGGUUCCAUUGCUGCUUUCCUCGAGGCUGACAUUGCCGCCAACCUCGAUGCCAACAUUCUCCUCGCCCUUCAGGGUUGCGCCAAGGGUCACCUCGCCUCCGCUCUGUCCGUUGAGGUCCGCACCGCUCUCGCUAUCUGGCUCUCUGGCUCCAGCUGCUCUCUGGGCGUCGAGCUGAAGUCUGUUGUCCUGCUGUGGCUGUCCCUGGGUGCCACUGUUGACACCUCCGUCGACCUCGUUACUGGCCUUGUCGGUGAUAUCACCGGUUUCCUGAGUGUCACUGUCCUUGAGACCCUGAGUGUCAACCUCCGUGGUGCCCUUGGUCUGCUCAUCUCUGGCGAGAGCCUCGCUUCUCUCUCCUGGGAGGCUCGUGCUGAGCUUGCUGCCUUCCUCGGUGGCUGCACCAGCAUCGACAUUGGUAUCAGCAUCGAGCUGAUCAUUAUCGAGUGGUUCACUGGCUGCAGCAUUCCCGGUGCCCCCAAGCCUUCCUCCUCCGUUCCCAGCCUGCCGUCGUCCACCCCUGCUGUUCCCUCCGGCUCCGUCUCCACUCCUGCCCCCAGCGGUCCCUCCGGCGCUACUACCACUCCCUGUGACACCGAGACCAGCGCCAUUGUUGGCUCUACUGUGAUCCCCGGUGGCCCUGCUCCUUCAGGCUCUGUUCCCUCUGGACCUGCUCUCUCUGGAUCUGUCACCAGCGGCCCUGGCGCCUCUUCCACCCCCUGUGAUACCGAGACCAGCGCCAUUGUCUCCUCCACUGUCGUCCCCGGUGGUCCCAACGGUGGCUCUACCCCUACUGGUGCCUCUCCUGGUGAGACCCCGGCCCCAAGCGGCCCUGCUGGCCCUGCCACUACUCCUUGUGACACUGAAACCAGCAUCACUGUUGGCUCUACUGUGAUUCCUGGUGGCCCUGCUCCCUCUGGACCUGCUUCUUCAGGCGCCUCUCCUUCUGAGUCUGGUGGUGUCCCCGGUGGCCCCGCUCCCUCCGGUGCUGCUACCACCCCCUGUGACACUGAGACCAGUGCCAUCGUUACCUCCACCAUCAUUCCUGGUGGCCCUGCUCCUUCAGGCGCCUCUCCUUCCGAGUCUGGUGGUGUCCCCGGUGGCCCUGCCCCAUCUGGCCCUGCCACCACCCCUUGUGAUACUGAGACCAGCGCCAUCGUCACCUCGACUGUGAUUCCCGGCGGCCCUGCUCCUUCCGGUGCUUCUCCCACCGAAUCUGGCAAUGUCCCCGGCGGCCCUGGUGCUAGCGCCAGCACUCCCUGCGAGACCGAUGUCACUCCCGUCGUCACCUCCACUGUUGUCCCCGGCGGCGGUGCCAGCCAGCCCCCUGCUCCUACCAAUGCUCCCUCGGGUCCCAGCGGCGGUGGUGACGAGACUGACAGUACCGCCACUGUCACCGUCACCUCCACCGUCUGCAACUGCUCGAAGUAA